AGAGGAACACGACUUGCACCGCACCAGUCCUGCGACAACCUUUUGCGAACCAACUAGAUUACAAAUUUAAGGACAAUUUUUAUUGGCGGAAAUGAAGGUGAAGUAAUUUUGAUCGAUUGAAAACGACGGAUCAAUUUGUGUACAGCGAUGAAGCCAACUCUCGUGUGCACCGCCUUGCUGCUAUUUUUGGCCUCCGCAAAAUCGUUGCCAAUCGAGAGCGAAAGCUCGACGACCAUUGAGAAAAAUGCAGAGAACUCGACGGAGACGACCAAUGAAUUAAAUUCCACGACGACAGAAAAAAUAAUUUCAUCUACGACGAUUGCCCCUGUAAUUGCGACAACCGUGGCGAGCAAUUCCACGGCCGUCGCCACAACUCAGAGACCUGCACCGAGCUAUUACAAUUCAGUCACCAAUUUGAUUAACAACGUGGGUUACGCGUUUCGAAUCGUCAUGAAGUUGAUGGCACCCCUUUUCAAUGGUGGAGGUCAGCAGAAAAGGGUUCAGCCUGAAGAUGAAGCCGAAUACGCGGAUUUUGACGAUCACAAUAACGAGAACGAGGGAUAUUCGGAAAAGGUCCUGAAAGACACCUUCAUGCGGACUGUUCGGCAGGUUGCAGAAACAGGCCGGCAAGGUCUCUCCAAUUACUACGACUUCAUUGUAAAUGAGUACUCGUACAAAUUCUGGGCGGUUUACAUGCUUUUGGCGUCUGGACUGCUCAUUUACUCGGCCAUCGCAGCAAUUUACUAUGCGAAAUUCAACACUUCAGCCGUCGACUACGAGGUUUACGACGAGGCCAGAUCUGGAGACGCCACCCUUACUAAACCAGGCACCAACCCUCUCGGACUCAUCGGCUCCCUUGUGUCAGUGCGCACUUUCCAGCAAAUUAUGGAUGCUAUCUCGAACAACAAAUUUGAAGAAAGAUAGCCUGCUUUAAUUCAAUAUGAAAUCUUACAACUUAAUGCACAAACAAAUUUAAAUUUUGGUUAUGGAUUCGUGUUUUUUUUUUUUAUAAAAACUGGGGUGUUUUGUGCAUUUUAAGUUAUUUGAUUUCAUACAAAUUGUUAAUUUUUUAUUCUUGAAACUUCGCCAAGCUUGUAAUAAUAUAAUUUAUCUGUAUAUUUGUGACUUUUGCUAUAUCUAUAAAUCUUCUAGAAUUGUAUUAAUUCUAGUCCAUUUCUUAACAAUUACUUCAUGAAAGAGAUAAGUUCUGAAUAAUAAGUGUUGAGAUAAAUACUCUGGAUAUAUUUUUUCAAUUG